AGAUUUUCAAAUCUUGCAGUGUUCAUGAUUUACAAUGAUUAGCCUCACUAAAAGGCUUAAAUCCGAGAAGAGUUUAAAUGACACCAAGAAAGAUAUUUCUCGAGUUUCAAUUCGAGAUAAACUUCUAAUAAAGGAGGUUCAAGAGAUGGAACAAAAUUUACCAAGAGACUGCACGGUUCGGUUCGAAGAUCCAAACCGUCUCCAUGAUUUCCUGGUUUGUAUUUCUCCCGACGAAGGAUUAUAUACAGGAGGAGUAUUUAUCUUCCAUGUCAAGGUACCCUUGGAUUACAAUAUGUCUCCUCCUGAAGUAAAAUGUUUAACAAAACUCUGGCAUCCGAACAUAAAUGAGGACGGAGAAAUAUGUCUCUCUUUACUCAGACAAAACUCAGUUGACGGACAUGGAUGGGCCCCCACUCGCCGUAUUAAAGAUGUAGUGUGGGGCCUUUAUUCUCUUUUCGACGAUUUGCUCAAUUUCGACGAUCCGCUGAACCUGGAGGCCGCCGAACAUUUCCAAGCAGAUCAGCUGGGGUUUAAAUCUAAAGUUAGAGACUAUAUUGAUAAGUACGCCAAGGGUUGAACUAGAAACCAUCUCUCUCUGCCGCAGUGGAGUGUUGUGUUAUCCAUUCGAACCCUUAAGUUCAAAGUUCAAACUUUUUGUUUAUAAUUUUCAUUCAAUAAAUGGAUAUUGUACUCCAUUUAAAUCACUUUUUGUGAAUUAGUUUUUUUGAUUAUAUAUUUCAAAUUAUUUUCGUGCUGUUUUUGUCAUAUAUUGAACCUUGUAGUUUUAAACAUAAAAAAGUUGGAAUCUG